CCUUUCUCCUCAAAGCCAAAAGCAUACCAACUACCUCUAUUGCUUACCCCCCUCCUCCCUGGAGCACAAAGCCAGCCGCAAGAAACAGAGUUUUCAGAGAAAGAAAUCAAGAUGGCAAUGGCUAAAGAAAUCAUGGGUGUUUCUCUGAUUGACAGGUCUUCAUUUCUGACGAAGCAGAACAAGUUCGUUGUUAACCCAUUCGCGCUGCCUUUGGAGAAAAGGAGGGCGGUGCCUUUGAGGAAGGUCGUGAGGGGUCCUGUGGCGGCUAUCAGUGAGGAUUUGGUCAAGAAAGCUCUGCCUCCGCCUGUGCCUUCAGAUAAAACAGAGAAGCUUAAGGUGAGAGCCGUGGUGACGGUGAGGAAUAAGAGCAAGGAGGACUUCAAGGAUUCGAUUGUGAAGCAUUUGGAUGCUUUCACUGACAAGAUAGGGAGGAAUGUUGUUCUCCAGCUUGUCAGCACUGAAAUUGAUCCAAAAACAAAGGCUCCAAAGAGAAGCAAUGAAGCUGGGCUAAGGGACUGGUCAAAGAAAUCAAAUGUGAAAGCAGAGAGGGUUAAUUACACUGCUGAAUUUAUGGUCAACUCUAGUUUUGGUGUCCCCGGAGCGAUCACAGUGUCGAACAACCACCAAAGGGAAUUCUUCUUGGAGACUAUCACCAUUGAAGGGUUUGCUUGUGGUCCAGUCCACUUCUUCUGCAACUCGUGGGUGCAAUCUAGGAAAGAUCAUCCUGGAAAGAGGAUACUCUUCUCCAAUAAGCCAUAUCUACCAAGCGAAACGCCUGCAGGGCUCCGAUCGUUAAGAGAAAAAGAGCUUAGAGAAAUAAGGGGCGAUGGCAAAGGAGCCAGAAAAUUAUGUGACAGGAUAUACGACUUUGAUGUGUACAAUGAUUUGGGAAAUCCAGAUAGGGGAAUUGAUUUUGCUCGCCCAACUCUUGGAGGUGAAAAAAUUCCAUAUCCUAGACGGUGUCGUACUGGCCGGCCUCCUACUGACACUGAUAUGCAGGCAGAAAGCAGGGUUGAGAAGCCAUUGCCAAUGUACGUGCCUAGAGAUGAACAAUUUGAGGAGUCAAAGCAGGACUCAUUUUCUGCUGGGAGGCUUAAAGCAGUGCUUCACAACUUGAUACCAUCAUUGAAAGCCAGCAUCUCGGCUGAUAACCACGAGUUCAAAGGAUUUUCAGAAAUCGACAACCUCUACAGUGAAGGUGUCCUCCUUAAACUAGGGUUACAAGAUGAACUCCUAAAGAAGCUUCCAUUGCCUAAGGUUGUCAGCAAUAUGCAACAGUCCAAUAGGGGACUUAUCAAAUAUGAUACCCCCAAGAUACUUUCCAAGGACAAGUUUGCGUGGUUGCGAGACGAUGAAUUUGGGCGGCAAGCAAUUGCAGGGAUCAAUCCAGUGAGUAUUGAGAGGCUUAAGGUGUUCCCUCCUGUGAGCAAGCUUGAUCCUGAAAUCUAUGGUCCCCAGGAGUCUGCACUGAAAGAAGAACAUAUUUUGGGCUAUAUAAAUGGCAUGACAGUUCAGCAGGCACUGGAGGAAAAUAAGCUGUUUAUAGUGGAUCACCAUGAUGCUUACCUUCCAUUUCUGGACAGGAUAAAUGCUCUUGAUGGCCGGAAGGCUUAUGCAACUCGUAGCAUAUUUUUCUUGACCCCUCUUGGGACUCUUAAGCCCAUUGCUAUAGAACUUAGCCUUCCUCUUUCUGGACCAACUUCUCGAUCAAAGCGCGUAGUUACACCUGCAGUGGAUGCAACUACCAAUUGGAUGUGGCAGCUUGCCAAGGCUCAUUCCUGCUCCAAUGAUGCCGGGGUGCACCAACUCGUUAACCACUGGUUGCGUACCCACGCUGCCCUCGAACCCUUCAUAUUGGCUGCACACAGGCAUAUGAGUGCGAUGCACCCCAUAUUCAAGCUUUUAGACCCUCACAUGCGAUAUACAUUGGAGAUCAAUGCCUUGGCCCGCCAAAAUCUAAUCAAUGCUGAUGGUGUCAUCGAGUCUUGCUUCACUCCUGGUCGCUAUGCCAUGGAGAUAAGUGCCGCAGCAUAUAAAAGCUUUUGGCGCUUUGACAUGGAAAACCUUCCAGCCGAUCUUAUUCGCAGGGGUAUGGCAGUGCCUGACCCAACGCAGCCACAUGGUCUAAAGCUCCUAAUCGAAGACUACCCAUAUGCCACAGAUGGGCUCCUAAUCUGGUCUGCACUUGAGAACUGGGUGCGCACCUAUGUGAACCGCUACUACCCAAAUUCGAGCUUAAUUUGCAACGACAGAGAGCUACAAGCUUGGUACUCCGAGUCCGUCAAUGUUGGCCAUGGCGAUCUUUGCCACGAAAGCUGGUGGCCGACAUUGGCUAACGCUGAUGAUCUGGUCUCAAUCCUCACCACCCUCAUCUGGCUAGCAUCAGCACAGCAUGCUGCUCUUAAUUUUGGGCAGUACCCGUAUGGCGGAUACGUGCCAAACCGUCCACCCUUAAUGCGAAGAUUAAUACCCGAUCAAAAUGACCCCGAGUAUGCUAAUUUCUUUGCUGAUCCACAAAAAUAUUUCCUCUCGGCAUUGCCUGGUGUACUACAAACAACCAAGUUCAUGGCAGUGGUUGACACUCUUUCAACCCACUCGCCCGACGAGGAGUACCUCGGGGAGAGACAACAACCAUCAACUUGGUCCGGUGAUGCCCAAAUUGUUGAGGCAUUUUACGAGUUCUCGGCGGAGAUCAGACGGAUAGAGAAAGAGAUUGACAGGAGGAACCUUGACAGUGGCCUUAGGAAUCGGUGUGGAGCUGGGGUGUUACCAUAUGAGCUCCUUGCGCCGAGCUCGGGGCCUGGUGUAACAUGUAGAGGGGUUCCAAAUAGUGUGUCAAUAUGAAGGGGAACCAGGAGUCACUUUGGUCACAUUUUAUCGACUUCGAUAUUAGUCUAUCAGAUUUUUGAGGUGCACAUGACCGUUCACAAGAAUUUGUAUGUAGAAUAUUGUGUGCACAUUUUUAAGUUAGGGCUUUGUAUGCUAUAAAAUAAAGCUCAUUAGCACAACUUUAGUUUAAAUAAACAAAGUUAUUUUUUAAUGAUUCAAAAUUUUCAAGAUUCUUGUAUUUUUAUUCUUUUGAUCCCAUUAAUAGACAAGUAUUUUGCAUUUA